GUGCUCGUCGAAGUAAAAAAAUGACUAGCCAAAAUUGCUGUUGAUGCAAUCGAACAUCAUAUCGCUCGUAACAUUAUUUACUAAACGAUCGUCAGUCAGUCAGUCAGUCGAAUAAUCUUCGUUCGAUCGCGGGCAUCUGGCUAAAUUUAUGCCGUUAUUUGAAUAUUCACUCACACAUAACCUCAAAAUUUUGAUAUAACCUUAUCUUUAGUGUUUUGAUAAAAUCAUAUUAUAUUUAUUUCGUACAUUUUUAAUUAAUUUUUCAAGUGACUGUGAUAGAAAUGAGUGACUAUUUGUUAACCACAUGAAUUGACAUUGCUUACUGAAAAUUGUGGUUACAAAGUGAUAUGUACAAAUAAUUAAAGUAUUAUUAACAUCUAACUUUUAUUUACCAUGGAUUCGAGUAAGAAAUACAAUAAUCCCAGCCCUGAAGCUUCUGCAAAUAUUUUAUCAAAACUGUUCUUUUGUUGGGUGCUUCCAUUUUUCAAAUUAGGAUACAAAAACGACUUACAUCUUAAAGACAUAUACAAUCCAAUUAAAAGCGAUGAGACCAGCUUGAUAGGAGACGAAUUAGAAAAGACCUGGUUAGAAGAAGUAGAAAAAGCGAAAAAACUAAAAAAGAAGCCCCAAUUGAGCAACGCAAUAAGAAAGACUUUUUGCAAAUCAUACGCAGUGUAUGGAUUAUGUUUAUUUUUACAAUGCGUUGUGAUAAAGAUGCUGCAACCAAUAGUAUUAGCCAACUACAUAAACUAUUUUGAAUCGACGAAAGACAAACUUGAAGGCUGGAUGUGGGCAACAGGUGUGAUAGUAAUGGCCUUUAUAAACAUCCUCGUGAGCCACCACUGCAAUAAAGGUUGUCAACGAAUCGGCAUGAGAGUCAGAACAGCUUGUGGAUCCUUAGUAUACCGAAAAAUGCUGAGAUUGAAUCAUCAAUCAUUGGGUAAAGUGGCGGCUGGCCAUUUGGUUAAUUUACUUUCCAAUGAUUUACAACGUUUCGAUCAGGCUUCAAUUAUGAUGCAUUACAUAUGGAUUAUGCCCAUUCAGGCAGCAAUAGCCUCGUAUGUGAUGUAUUCUUACGUCGGUCUGGCCGCUAUAACCGGUAUGGUUGCAGUCACACUUCAGGCUGUUCCACUACAAGGUUACCUAUCGAAACUACAGGGAAAAUUAAGAUAUAAAGUCGCCCUAAAAACUGACUAUAGAGUGAAACUCAUGAACGAAAUCACGUCUGGCAUACAAGUAAUAAAAAUGUACGCCUGGGAAAAGCCCUUUGAAAAAAUGGUAGAAGUUGCCAGAAAAUAUGAAAUUGACAUAAUAACUAAAACCUCUUACAUAAGAGGAUUCAGUAUGGCUCUAAUGGUUUACACCGAACGAACCAUUUUGUACUUAACUUUGAUAACCUAUGUACUUAUGGGCAAUCGUCUUACUGGUGACAUUGUCUUCUCGAUGGCGCAAUUAUUUAAUACUGUACAAUUAUACAUGUGCAUUUUUUACCCCAUGGCUGUGUCUUCCUUAGCUGAGGCUAAGGUUUCUAUUAAAAGACUGGAAGAGUUCCUUACUCUGGACGAAAUUAUAAAAGAUGAACAACCCACCAUUGACAAGCAGGGAAUGAUUAAAUUAACAAACGUAAACGCUAGUUGGAUUCCGAAUCCUAUUGUUGAGACCUUGAUGGACAUUGAUGUCGAAAUUAAGCCAGGAACGUUGUGUUGUGUUGUGGGAAAUGUUGGUGCUGGAAAGAGUUCUUUACUACAGCUUUUACUUAGAGAACUGCCAUUAAGUAGUGGUAAAAUGAAUAUUAAUGGAAGUGUUGCGUUUGCUUCACAAGAACCAUGGCUUUUUGUAUCAAAUGUAAGGAAUAAUAUAUUGUUUGGACAGCCUUAUAUUCAAAAACGGUAUAAACAAGUAGUCAAAGUGUGUGCCCUAGAGAGAGAUUUCGAACUCUUCCCACAUGGUGAUAAAACAUUAGUUGGUGAACGUGGAGUAUCUCUAAGUGGAGGACAAAGAGCCAGAAUUAAUUUGGCCAGGGCAGUGUAUAGAGAUUCAGACAUUUAUUUAUUUGACGAUCCCUUAUCAGCUGUAGAUGCGCACGUCGGUAAACACCUGUUUCAAGAGUGCAUCAAAAAAUAUUUAGAUGGAAAAACUAGGAUUUUAGUGACUCACCAAGUUCAGUUUUUGAAGGAGGCAGACCUUAUUAUAAUGCUUGCAAAUGGUAAAAUUGAGAAAAUCGGCAAGUACUCAGAUCUCUCGACAACGGAAUUAGAACAUAUUAAUUCUGAACCCUCUCCAGAAAAGGAAGAUAAAAAGGAGGAACCAGAAGAGGUUAAAAUGAGAGAAAGACUUCAAUCAAUUAACUCCUACACAAGUUCAAUUGAGGAUGAAAAUGAACCUAAAGAGACUGAAGAAUUAAUGGCUAAAGGUGCACUUUCAGGAAAAGUUUAUAUUGAAUAUAUAAAAUCAGGAGGAAGUAUGUUGAUGAUGUUCUUCCUUGUAUUCCUGCUAAGUAUAGCUCAAGGAUCUAAUAAUGCUGGUGACUUAUGGCUAACUUAUUGGACAAACCAGGAAGAGAUUUUAAGUCGAAAUUCUUCUAAACGUGAAGUAAUCAAUAAUAUUAACAGUUCUCAAAAUAAUUCCACGACAGUUCCCCCUGAAACAAACAUUACAUCAUCAACACUUUUACUUAAUCAAACUGACAAUAAGAACCUUUUAAGUGCAUCAAUACCUCCACUUACAACUAGCGAGUAUAUUUAUGUAUACACGUUCUUCAUUAUUGCUGCAAUAAUUUUGACAAACGGUAGAUCCCUCUUGUUUUUCAAAAUGUGCAUGAACGCUUCCAGAAGACUGCAUAAUAAAAUGUUUAUGAACAUUCUUCAAGCUCCCAUGAGGUUCUUUGACACCAAUCCCUCAGGGAGAAUUCUGACAAGAUUUUCCAAAGAUAUGGGUGUAGUCGAUGAACUGCUUCCAAAGUGCAUGUUAGAUGCUAUCCAAAUAUUUUUCGUUAUGUUCGGUAUUUUGUUUAUGGUCUUCGUCACACUUCCUUGGAUGGUUCUACCGACAAUCAUUCUUGGCUUUCUGUUUUAUUACUUCCGUAUAAUUUAUUUAUCCACUGCCCAAGACGUCAUGAGAAUUGAAGGACUUGCCAGAGCUCCUAUGUAUUCGCAUGUAUCUGCUUCUUUAUACGGCAUGUCGACAAUUAGAUGUGCUAAAGCAGAAAAAAUGAUUAUUAACGAAUACGAUGCGUUACAAGAUCAACACACUGGGACUUGGUGCAUGUAUAUAACCAACAGUGAAUGCUUCGGACUGUACUUGGAUAUAAUCAGUACUAUAUUCUUGGGUAUAGUUACAGUACAGUUCCUCAUAUUCGAUGAUGGUACCACUUUACAAGGUGACGUUGGUUUAGUGAUUUCUCAAAGUUUAAUUUUAACGGGGAUGUUACAAUUUGGCGUGCGACAAACGGCGGAAGUUUCUAGUAAUAUGACAAGUGUGGAACGUGUAUUGCAAUAUACUAAACUUGAGAAAGAAGGACCUUUUAAAACACUACCUGGCAAGAAGCCUGAAAGAGAUUGGCCAAAGGCAGGGCAUAUUAGGUUCAAAAACACUUACUUGAGGUACAUUCCUGAAGAACCACCAGUAUUGAAAAACUUAAAUGUCGAAAUUAAACCGUCCGAAAAGGUUGGAAUAGUAGGAAGGACUGGAGCAGGGAAGUCUACAUUGAUAGCUUCAUUGUUCCGAUUAGCUAAAAUUGAAGGUCUUAUUGAAAUAGACGGUGUCGAUACUGCGUCGAUCGGUCUAGAGGAUUUAAGAAAGAAUAUUUCAAUCAUUCCCCAAGAACCAGUACUCUUCUCCGCAUCAGUUAGAUACAACUUGGAUCCUUUUGACAAAUGUUCAGACGAAACUCUUUGGAAAGCUUUAGAAAAUGUGGAACUGAAAGAUGUUGUGGAAACGCUUUCUCAGACUGUCACUGAAGGUGGCUCAAACUUUAGUGCAGGACAAAGACAACUUGUUUGUUUAGCUAGAGCUAUAGUAAGAAAUAACAAAAUCUUAGUUAUGGAUGAAGCUACAGCUAAUGUAGAUCCAUACACUGAUGCAUUAAUUCAAGAGACAAUAAGAAAGAACUUCAAAGAUUGCACAGUUAUAACAAUAGCUCAUAGACUGAACACUAUUAUGGAUUCAGACAAGGUUCUAGUAAUGGAUGCUGGACAAGCUGUUGAAUUUGAUCAUCCCCAUGUAUUACUAAGAAAUCCAAAUGGUUAUUUUUUUAAAAUGGUAGAACAAACUGGUCCAAUUAUGGCAGCUAAGUUAAAAUCAAUCGCACAAAAUGCCUAUGAAACAACUAACAAAAUACCUGAUAUACAGGUAGAAGAAUGUGAACAAAACAAAGAUGACAAAGAUAACCAAGCCAAUGAAGAAAUAAAAGAGAACGGUGAGGUCGAUACUACAGAGAGUACUCCAUAAGAAUUUAAUGAUGGUAUACAAAAUAUAUUUUUUGAUCUCGAAUGAAUUUACCCAACAUCACAAAAUGUAGUAUCUUUUUUAACAUUAUCUUUAUAAUUGAUAAAUAUUGUUACAAAACAAAUUAAAAUUAAAUGUUCAUAAUAGGUAUGCAAAGCUUUAACUGUUAUAAUAAAUACAAUAUUUUAUUUAUAUCAUUUUUGUUUUGUUUCAAUAUACAACAGACUAUGUUACUUAAUUUUAUUAAUACAAUAAACCUUGUAAUUUAUUA